CUUGUGUAAAAUAUUGAUGAGAGACGUUUAUAGCGGAAGUUUCAAGGUAAGAAUAGUUUGUUGUUGCUACAGGAUAAAUUUUGUUCACAAACGCGAUCGUUCUUUCUUCUUAGACUACGCCAGAUCAAAAGAUUUGUGGUAACACUCAUGAUCAGUCCUUUAACAGUACUGAUAUCGAAAGUAAAUGAUACUUAGCAAAUAAAGAAGCCUUGACUAUGCUUUUUUUCUGUUGUAAAGUACGAAGGAAGCGGCUAGAGCACGAAAGAAGUGUAAGCAGAAACACGAUCGUGUUUCUCUCCACUUCUAGAGUCGAAUUUGGCCGAAGCGGACAAGUCUUUGAAAGACGCAUCGCCAACAAAAUUUAUUCCGGGUAAAAGUAAGGCAAAAUCGUUUUAAUAAAUAAAACUGUUAUGUGUCAUGUUAUCUCCCUGUCGCCCUCCACUAAGAUGUGUAGGUAAGUAGAUGUGUAGUCAGAAACACGAUCGUGUUUCUCCCUACUUCUUUAGUCGAAUUUGGCUGAAGCGGACAAAUCUUCAAAUGCAAGCCAAUAAAAUUUGUCCUGGGUAAAAAAAUCUACCUAGUAAACAAAACCAUGAUAAAGUUCUCAAUCAUUUGUUGUAUAAGCUACAACAAGCGUGUAAUCGAACCGUUAUCAGUUUAUUAAAUCCUGGAAAUUGAAAGUGGAAUCCUUUGGCAACUAUGCUGGCUGGUCUUAUGAACAGAUCAGGUGCUGACAGAAUUUGUGGGCUUUGAAGUUUUUAAAUGUGAAUGCAACAGACAAAACAAAAAUUUGUCCUUUAAUUUUGUCGAGGCAAUUCUAGUUUUGUCUGCUAGUGUGAAAGGCCCUAAGACUGAGGCUGUCUGAAAUGUCAAACCAUCAAAAUUCACAUUAAUCUGCAAUUGUUUACAAACUGAAAUAACUCAGGUGGCGGAAUUUAAAUGUGUUUGAUUUUUAUUACUGUAAAUAAGAUUGCAAUCUAACUGACAGAGAAAACCUUAAUAACAUAAACUAUGGCACUUGUUAUGUUUACAAACCCUUGUUUGGUUCUUACAUUCUAUAGUACUUGCUGCCUUGCUUACCGAAAUUUCUCUUUCAGUUAAUGAAAAAAAACUGGAGAGAAGUCCUGCAAAAGGUUAAACAUUCUGUAGUAAAUUUGGCAGAUAGUGUGACAGCUUUAGUUUAGCUCUAUGCUUUGUACUCCAAUAGUGCAUGCUCUUUCAACCAAUGACAGCACGCAUUAUAUAAUAUAUUAUUACAUUAUGUAAUACUAUAUAAUAUAAUUUAAUGUGUACAUAUUAAAAGUGCGCCAUUUUCAUUAUACAUAUUUGUUUUCAUACAAAUAAUCGAGUUCUGCUUGAUACAAUUGAUAUCUGGGAGAUGUUCAGACUCAGAGGUAAACUGUGACUUAUUUCAAUACUCUUUCACUCCCUCACUUGGUUUUUUAUUUGUUUCUAUGGAUUCUUGUUGGUCAACUCUAUUGCAAAUAACUUAAGCCGCAAGUUGGGAUUGUUAUAGCUAAGAUUUUAAAGUUUGGAUCACAUUUAUUUGUCAAUUGAUUAUUUGUUAGGUCUGGCGAUAACUUCAAAUUUAUGUUACAUGCAGGGUUCAUGAUCCAAAGAUACUAUGAGUCCAAUCUAUAUAUUACCUAUUUUCCUGCAUCAUAGGCACCUUCUUUAUUUUCGUUUGCUUGGCCUUUAGUCAUCAUUUUGAAAAAUCAUACUUAAUGACCAACCUCUGUUUGCAGAGACUCAAAUCAAAUUGCCCUUCUGAGAAACUUAAAAUGUCCUAAACCAGGACUGAGGUGGUUUAAUUUUUUUGAAGCUGAUCUGCAAAUUUUCUUACCACCAAGCUGUGACACUAAUGUAUCUGUUGCAUAUAUGUAUAUAUAUAUACGACAAAUAUUACAUUUAUGUGACAGAAAUGUGAAGAUUGUGACAUGAUUGCGCAUGUAUGUGAGUCACAUAUGUGAUGUGACAUACAGUAUAUGUUGGAUAUGUAAUUAUGUAGAGGAUAUUUGUGAUGUUCAUGUAGUUUUGGUAAGGUUUCACAGCCAGCUGGUUGCAAUUUCACAUUCUGUGCACAUAAUAUGUAUUUUCAGUUUUCUAUAUAUUGCAAGAUGCAUAUGCAUAUGACCUAAGGCCAAUAUCUUCAAAAUUUUCUUUCCAGAAGUAUAUUACUUAUUUACAGUGUAAUGAAUUGAUGCCUGCAGUUGUCUUAAACUGUGAUUAAAUGGGCAGUAUGAUAUUCUGGCGGCUAAUUAUUUUGUCAAGGCAAAAUAAUUGUAAAUUCAAUUACAUGUUAAUGCUUUGCUUAGGGUCAUUCCUUAGUGUUGCAUUGUACAUUUUCACUGUGUAUAAUUUCACAUGUAACUAUAGUACAUUCUUCAUAAGAAUGGUGUCUUUUUUCCUCCAUCAGAGCCAAUCAGAGAAUAAAUUGUCAUUUUCUCACAAAUGAGCUGGGAGACCUUCAGUGUAACAUUAUUUCUCUUUCUUGAAAUUGAGAAAUUAUUUUCUUUCUGUCAAACAACUAUAAACCAAUUUUUAGUUAAGGAAAAGGAAAAAAAAUCAGAAAUGCCAAUUUAGCAAAUACUCGCAAAUGCAACUGUCAUGAUAUGAAUUGGAAUGAUAUAAAUUUCUAGAAGGUACUGCUGCUCAUAAAAGAGCAUGGGACUUCCCUUUUUUAUUUCAUAUUUUUACUUUCCCUUAAGAUCAACAGCCAAAAUAUUCAGUUUGACAACAAUCUCAGUGCUCUAUGUUCUAUGGAAUGGCUCAAAGUCAAUGUAUUUUAUUAAUUGCUCUGUAUUUUUUCUUUUACAGAAGCUGAUUGGCAUUGUUAUAAGUUAGAGUAGAAGAAAGCACUUUGAGGAACAUUGCUGGUCCACCAACAAUUAAUCAUGAUAAACUUUUGAGGUCAUUUCCUGGAGCAGUUGCAAUUCAAUCAGAAAGAUGGGUAAGAUAUCUUUUCCUUUUUUUUAUGUUUAAUUAAAUCUGCUCAAAGAGAUGGAGGUGGCAUUGUAGCCGGGGAGACAGAAUUGAUACUUUUAUAAUAAAAAUUUUGGUGGGUAAGUUUUCCUACUGGUGACAGAGAUGCACUGGCAGAUGAUUGCUAGCAUUCUGGAGUUAAGAUAAAGAGGUCUGGGCUCUAGCUUUGGCUAAAGUCAUUGUGUUACAGUCUUGGUGUAGGCCUAAAAUCCUAAAAAGGUGGCCUAAAAAAUCUAUCUGUACAUUCUCAAAAGUGUCUUUAAACCUCAUUUCAUCCCUUAAAAUUACAAAAUAUUUUCUUAAAGUCCUGACUUAUCUCCAAUUUUUUAGAAAUAAUCACAUAAUUUGGAUAAAAUGUGAGAUUCCAGUGGUGAAAUUGCAUGGUAACAACUUCAAACUGACUCAAAAUGAUCAUUUAUUCAUGAGACAAUCUAAGUGGUUUGUCUCCUUACAGUUGGAAUGUUUCUUUCAAACAAUCAAUAACAACAACCGCUGAUUGGUAAUAUUUGUAUGGAAGGAGCCUGUUUGCAAAAAAACUUCAAUGAACCAUGCAAUUUUUUAUGCUAUUGGCUGUAUUUGUUUUUUAACACUAUCUUGACUUUCUGCUGAUUAGCCAAGCUUUUAAACCAAGAUCUUGUAGAACUUUUCAUCUGACACAGGCAAAGGUAAAAUACCCCAGGGUUUCACUAGGGCAUGUUGAGGCUUGGAAUUGAUUGGUGCAUUAAAAUCCAAACAGAACUACGCCUUUUGAAAUGGCUACAUUUGAUUCACAUUUCUUAAGAGUAUUAAGAGUAAUCCUAUAAUAAACUCCUGUUAGAAAUGGAUGCAAACCCUUAAGAAUUUGCAAUUUGUGUUGGAGCAAAUUUGUUGUUUUAUAGAUGAAUUUUUGUUGGUUAAAGUUUAAUGAAUUGUCUCUGUAGCACAUAUUCUUAAAGUGGAGUGGGCUCACCUAGUUAUCAAUGGUAUUUCAGGGUAUGCAGAUGGAACUGAAGCAAACCAAAGCUGAAAAACAUUUCCAAGAGCAUGGCAGCCUCUGUCGUUGACAACAUUCUAAAGAGUUACCAUGUUUUUAAAGAUAGGCCACAUUAUGAAGGUAAAACAGAUGAUCAUUAAUUAUUUUUUAAUACACCUGGAUAUUAUUCUCCCCAAAUAUUCUUCCCACCCCCACCCUCCUUUCUUCACUAACGUGAACAUGUAAAUGGACAUUUCACAUAACUGAGUUAUUACAAAAAAUUUAAGUUUUGGAAAACUUAUAUGUAUAAUAGCUUAUGAUGAAAUUGGCCUGAAAUUGGAAAAAAAUAAAAUGGAAAUUGUUGAUGUUGUUGUUAAUGUUGUAUUAUUCAAAAUUAUUUAAUGAACCUGGACAAUACUUUAUGUUUCGUUGGGGUAAAUUCGAGUUGGGAAGAAAUUUAGUCUCAGUCAGUAACGAAAUCAAAACGAAGGAAGAUCAUUUCUGCGUUUGUAAAUUUUCACGUAGUUUUCUGGUAGCGCAAAAUUCAUUAAAGCAACUUAUCUUUGAAACGUUUCUCAGUUUUGUCGUAGCCUAGUCCACUCACUGCUUAGUUGGAUUUUUACAUGGUUUUCGGAGGAGUCUAUUCUGGAGCGGGAUUGUAGAAACACUUUUUCGGAAAUCAAAUAAAAAUGCAGCUAAGCGGUUAAGGUCCCAAGAGAAAUUACUGAGAAAUAUCUCUUGAAGUCCUUGUAACACUAGGCUUUUCACAGUUGCUACAUGAGAUGACUUUUAUGUGCUCACUGAAAAUUAAUUCUGCAUGUGUUUAGAUUUUCGAGGGAGCAAAUUAAUGGGUUUUGUUUUUUAACUUUUUUGAGCUGCUACAGAUCCAAUCCCCGACUACAUACAGGCGAGGGGACCGGUGGCACUAGAAGCGUACAGGAGAGCACUGGAGACAGGCAAAACCUACGAUAGACGUACCAAAAUUGUGUUGAUUGGUCAGGACCGUGUGGGCAAAACAAGUCUGAGAAGGUACCUCAGAGGUGAAGCAUUUGAUAAAGAUGAAGCCAGCACUAAUGGGAUUGAAAUGAUUUCCCCUGUCAAGAACGCAGGAAAAGGGGCAUGGAGGAAUCCAGAACUGCUUGAAGACACAAGUGCACUUGACCACAAGUGCGCAGAAGUGGUCGCAAAGGAGUUACUCGGCAGCUUUAGAGAACGAUCAGAUGGGGCUCAACAGUUAACUGGAGAAGGUAAGAAGACGAGAGGCUCAGAAAUAGGUGAUGUUCUGGAUGAAAAGAAAAUAAAACAAAUGCUUAGGUAGAAUACAAUUAAAAAACAAUAGGGAAAUGCGAAACAAAAAGGAAGACGGAAAAAAAGAUAUUGCUAGCGCCUGGAGUCGAUCCCUCGACCUUCCACGUGUAGGGAUAAGCACUUUCCAUGGCGCCAGUUUUGUAACGUCAACAUGUCAUUUUGAAUGCGUUAAGCUCGUAAGGUUUCUGCCCAUGCACUCGCGUGAAACCAUGCGAUAUUAGAAGGCUUUUUUUGGCACUGGUCGCUGAAGGAGUGAACGAGUGUUUAUUUCGAGUGAGGCGAAGCUUUUGUAUAUUUUUAGUUCUUAUAUACAAAAUAAAAAUUCAGUCACUAAUGUUAGCAUUAAUAUUGCUUUGAACAACCGGUCCUGGAUCAUACUAAGCUUACCUGGUAUUCUUCUGUAUGUUGUUUGCACUUGAACAGCGUGUUUAAGAAACGUAAUAACUGAUUAAAAAAUGUCAAUAUUAGUUUUCCAGGAAGUCGAAAGUGAGCAAAAACCAGAAGAAGUACCCACGAAAGUCCUUUCCCUCGUAGAGCGUGGCCUCAAGGGAAACGACACCUCCGACAAUGAGGAUAUAUGGCCUUUUGUUUGGGAUUUCGCCGGCCAGGCAGUAUACCAUGCCAUUCAACCAAUUUUUCUAUCGCAAGAAGCCAUAUAUGUCUUAGUGUCAGAUCUAACUAUGGAGCUAAGUGCUCCUGCCCAAUGUCGGAUAAGACCGCCUAAUCACGAUGAAAUAGUGGUAGACUCGCCUUACGUCGAGGACACUAAUCUCGAUCACAUGAUGAGAUGGCUGGACUUGGUGCACUCUUUGGGACAGCCAGAGCUUCAAAGAAAGUCGGCAGAUACUAACCAAGUUUUGCCUCCAGUGGUGCUCGUGGGUACACAUGCUGAUGGUGUAAAGGAUCCUUGCAAGGAAAUGGAAUCUGUGGAGGAAAUCAUUUGCAGCAUGGCUCAUCCAGCAACCUUAGACCAUAUUUCAAAAGAAUCAUUCUUCAUAGAUAACACAAAUCCAAACAGAGAAGACGACCCACAGAUCGUUUCUUUGCGUGCAGAAUUAUUGAAUCUGGCUAGAAAAAUGCCACAUAUCAACAAGGUAAUCCCUAUGCAGUGGCUCCGUGUGGAACAAAAGGUCGACGAAAUGGUGAAAAAAGGGAUGCUUUAUGUUGGUAAAAAGCGUUUUGCAGAGGACAUUUCUAGAGGCAUUUGCCAGUUUAAUGACACAGAUGACGUCGAAGAAUUGCUACACUUUUUACAAGCUCGUGGAAGAGUUAUCUACCAAGAUAUCCCUAAAAAUCCAGAUGGUUUGGUCGUGCUGGAUCCGCAGUGGUUAAUUAAAAUACUAUGUGAGAUAAUUACGGUGAGUCCACCAUGGAAAAACCACCCUGUCAUUCAGAAAGAUUACCAAGUCCUUGGAAAAAAGGGACUACUUUCGAAGAAGUUGCUAAAUCGAGCGUUUGAACACCUUCAAUUGAAUGAUAUUAGGAAUUCACUGAUUCAUAUCAUGGAAAGCUUUGAUGUUAUAUGCAACUCUAAGAACUGCAAGGGGGAAGAUUACCCUUAUUUGGUUCCUUGUAUGUUGGAAUCACCAAAGAAGAAUACGAGAGGCACAAACAUGCGCACUGGCCCUUUGCCCGUAUUUCUCACAUUUAACACCAACUACGUUCCAAGUGGGCUGUUUUGCAGACUGGUUGUACAUUUUUGGGAAUGGGCCUCACAAUUAUGUGGCUCCUGUAUAGCCCCCUCGUUGUUUUCAAACGCCGCCCGAUUCAAUGUCAGUAAAGAGUACCAGCUCACUUUAGAGUGUCACAAAACUGUGAUCAAGUUGAUAAUCUGGAAACCGCGAGACUCGGAUAAAAUGGAAGAGAAAAGAAUCUGUGAAGAUUUAUUGAGGUAAGCCACAAACAUGUGCGGCAUUAUUUCGUUUCAUUUAAACUUAAUAUUUACUGUUAAAGCAAUAUUAAAUGGAACACCGAAAUCAAAGAAAUUUAUGAGAUACUGUCACGUUGCCGUAAAUGAAGGGAAACUUAAAAGGUCUUCUUUAAUUUUCUUGACUUUUUAAAUCGUUCUGAUCAUUUGGAUUUAGGACCCUUUUUGGGUGCCAAUUUUUUCGACUAGGUGGGAUGCCUUCAGUUUAAUGUACGAUACAAUGAGUCAUGCUUGCGUUAUUCGCGUUGUUGAUGUCCUUGUUGCUAUGUUUGUUCAUCGCAGUCAUCUGGAGCGUUGCAGGACUAGGCUAAGCAUCACCUGUCCGUGGCUACGAUCAGUUACGAUGGAAUUGUUCGUGAAAUGCCAGUUGUGUGAACCUUGUCCGGAUAAGUGUCGUGACAGAACCAAUAUUUGCAUAUUGCACAAAGAGGAAGGCUGCUCUCAUUUUGACUGUGGCCACUACAUUCCAUUAAAAAGCUUUGGCCUGAGUUGUGAACACUCUGUUGAUGCUGUUCCCUACUAUCCUACAGAAGAACUGGAUCCUUGGGUUCAGGUUAGAAAAAAAAACUUAAUUUAAUUUACAUAAUAGAUAGCUCUGUCGCACGCAACACUUUCGUAGGAUAUUCGAUUACCAUCAAAACCUGAAUUGUCCAGGCUUUAUCUUUUACAAAUACUUAAAAAGUUCUCCUAGCUGCAAUGAUCUUUCUCUAAUCAAUAAAUUUUGUGUGAUUACCACUAUUUCCUUCUGCCUUUUAGGCUUUGGAAUCCAUUGAACGUAAGAAACUAACUGGUAAGUUUUUUCCAUCAGCAAAAAUUUUUUCGAUAAAUAGUUAAUUCAAUAUCAGUUUUCUGGAAAGCAACUUUCCCGCCUAGUAAAAUGUAGAGAUACAGGAAAUACUGUGUGAAAGUAGAGGAGUUCGAUUGUCACCAACCGCUUCUUGUGGGGAAAGCGGUGCAUGACAUUUUAAAAGGAGACCAGAAAGCACAAAGUAGACUCCAUGAAAAUGACCUCGUGGUCCAGCUCCUUGUUUCUCUGUGACAGUUAUUUGUUGAUAUAAAAUUGUUAUUUUUAUACUCACAGUUACCGUUGCAAACUUCCUUUUAACGACUUUGUCUUUCUACUCUGGCUAUUUAUUAAACUGAAAGGAUAGUUUUUUCCAAGCUUUUUGCUCGAAUUUUAAAAAUGACACUUGAAUGGUAGGUCACCAAAUUCGAAAAAAAAAAUGUACUCAGUUUGUGUACGUGGGCCUACUUAUCACGUGUAAAAUGAAACGGCCUUAAACGACGGAAAGACCUGAAACCUUUUUCGCAGAUAAGGAAAAUCGUCAAGGAUGUGUACAAGCUUAUCUGUUGACCGAAGAUAUCUGUUCCAAUUAGCUUUCCUUAACAUUUGUUAAGAAUGCGAUACAAGCGUGCAAGUGUCACAAGUGCCCUUGCAAGUUUUCAUUUCUAGUGAAUGUCUUUUAUUUAACCCAAGUUGUUUAUUGUAUGGAAAUGAUUUUUUUCAAGCUUUUCGCUCGAUGGCAAACAAGACAUAUAAAUGGUAGGUCACCAAAUCCGUUUACGUGGGCAUGACAAUUUUUCUUCCUAACAGAAAAAAGAGAACAAGAGAUCAUCCGUUUGCGUAUGUGGACGUGCAUAUUUCGUGUAAAAUGAUGCACGGGAGGGAUGCAUAAUGCAAUGGCACGAACUGUCCUUGAAACAAAUUCCUCAGGAGACGUUUUAUUAGGAAAGGAAAAGCUCCAUUGCUACAAUGAAUCUUUUGGCUCAAAAAAUCUGAUCUAAUGAUUGUUUUUUACAUUUGUUGUCAUACAGGUGGCCGCAAUGAAGAGCCAUCUCCGAGUGACGCAGGUAAAAUGAGGACAGAUCUAUAGGCAUGCUUGUUAACUCCCACCUCCCACCCCAUCUUCCCGCCCCCUGCCUUUGUAAAAUAAAAAUGCGUGGAUGCAGCAAAAUGGCAUGAAUAGUUGCGAUACGUUCUACACGCUAUCCCCUCAUCUUGAUGCUUUUCUCUGAUGUUUUUAUGUUUUCAGUCAAGCAAGGAGUUCCCAGUGACGAAGAUUUAGAGUGGCUUUCGCACAAACUCGAAAAUUGGGAGGAACUCGGGCGUCGUCUCGGAAUUGACGAUGCAACAUUAACAGCGUUUGACGAUGACUAUAAGAAAAAGCGUAAAAAAAUCUACAAAAUGUUACGACAUUGGAAAAAGAAGGAUGGCUCAGCUGCAACGUACAAGGUCUUACAUGAUGCAUUGUGUCAUAAAUUUGUUAAGCGCACAGAUUUAGCUGAGGAACUUUGCCGUCAACAACAUGAAUGACUGUUACUUUGUUGACUCAUAGAUAGCUUUUAUUUCUAUUUUUACUGAUUAUUCCACUGUCAAAUGAACAUGUAUCCUCAAUACGACUAGAAGUGAAGUACUAAAUCAAUUAUCUUCCUUUUCCUCAUGGGAUCGUUUUUCUGUCUAUUAUACACAGGUAUCUUUCUAUGUUUUGAAUGAAAACGUCAAGUGAUAAAGUAUAUCGCUAGUUAUAACCCACCCAUCACUUUUCGUGCAACUCUAUUGGUUACUUUACGACACGUGGUACAUCGGGUAGUUUUAACAAAAUAACCACCAUUUAUGUUCAUAUUUGUCCCCCGAUUAUUUCCGUCGAAAAGAAACAAAGUCAGCGGGAAAAAGCCGGUUUAGAGUUUCACUUUUUUAUCUUUAUUACUGAACAUUUUGUAGAGUUCACUGGUAGUGAUAUUAAAAAGCUGAUCUUAAAUGCUGGUCCAGAAAGUAAAAAAAAGUCAACAAAAUUUUUGCUGUCAACGCGCGAUACGAAAAUUAAUGGGAGGGUUGUGAAUUAAAUAAACCCACUUCUGGUAUGCUGGUAUUUCAGGUAACAAUUUCCUUGAGAGAAAGAUUGUCUUGAAAUUUUUACCGUUCGCCCUCGAAGCUUCGCUUGUCAACCAAAAAAACUCCAUUUUCGGACAUUAGCUCAUUCGCAGAAGUGAUCAGCCGAGAUACUAGUCGCCAGAAGAGGUUUACGUACCAAACAUUCGCUGAGUUGCUCUAUCAGUACCAUUGCAGUGUUGUCGAAGGCAUACAGCAUGUUACGCAUUUGCAUCACAAGUGAUAUCUAUACGUAAUGCACAUGCAUUCUUCCUCCUGUUGGUUUGACGCAGCACUGUAUUAGAAAUUUGACGCGCUUUUUUCCUUCUUAAUCUGUAAAAGUAAUCACAUGAUUUCGAGUGUAAUUUGGAAUAUAUAAGCACGAGGGAAUUUUUUUAUAGACUAACAAAAUUGCAUUGGAUUGGAUACCUGAAAACUGUAUUUAUCUUAACCAAUCAGAACUGAGUUAUUUUUUUCAUGUAUCUUGUGAUUCGAUCAAGAAAUUGAGAAAAAUGUCGAGUUGAGUCACUUUUUGUCAAAGAAUUUGUGUAAUCUCGAGGAAAAGACCCCGUAAAUGUCUUGGCAGCUAAAGGUUCCCUUACACUCGAUUAUGCUUGGCAAAAGGCAAAGUUCUUGAAACAGUCAGCUUGCCUGAUAAUAAUAUGCAUUUGAUAUUGGAAGUUCAUCUUUGGUUCAUUGCCUACGAUAAUUUACGGUGUAGAAUAUUUGUCAACGAAACGUUUCCGUAAAAAUAAAUGAAAGUUUUGACAUAACUAACGGCCUAUAGAACUAUUCUAUAGCAUGGAAAAUAUGUUUGGUAAAAACAAAUGGUAGAGGUUUAUGAUUUCAUCAGGGCUUCCUUACUGCUUUUAGCUGGAAGAAAAGAAAAUAUCGAUUUGCCAUUAUUUCUUUUGUGUGUGUGUCUUUUGUCUUUUAGAAAAGCCUUUGAGCAUCUUUGGCUUUAGAUUGAGUAGUUUGGUUGGAGCCCAAUCAUUGGCAGUUAUGCUGUUUUUCCGGAAUAGUUGUUGUAGGUAAAAUUUCUUUCUACCAAAUAGUGAGAAGUAAAAUCUUUAUAAGGCGAACAGCUGGAUAGGUAGUUAAUGUCUAUUCAUAACAAAAAAGUUGCACUUCGAGUUUAUUUUUUGGCAUAAAAUUGUGACCGACA